CGUCAUGCCGCAGCAGCUAACGGCCAGCUGCUACCGGGACGUGAUGCUGAGCGCCUUACUGGAGAGGAGAGCACAAGGUCUGGGCGCCGCCUUUGCCUCGCAGAGACUGGACCUGGCCCCGACGCCAAUGCCGGAUGAGGCGGUGGACGUGCUGUUCGCCGAGCUAGGCCGGCCGGCGGUGCCCUCGCUGCCGUCGGCGAGCGGGCACGCGGCGCACGUGACACCCCUGUCGGCGGACUGCCCGGCCUGCUGCCUGCCGCUGCGCAACCGGCAGCUGCUGAACAGCCACGGUCUGCAGGUGUUCGGCUGCGGCCACGCCUUCCACGCGGUCUGCCUGCUGCGCCGCGGUGGCGCCUGCCUGCUCUGCCAGCGCUGAGGCGGAGCGGCUGCCGCGCCGGUGGUGGGCGCUGUGUCCUCCGCCGCUGCCGGGUGCUGUCCUCUACCGGCGCUGUGGGCUGCCUCCCUUGCUGGCGCUGGGAGGCCGCAUCAAUCGCUGUCUUUGAGGACUGCCACCGGGCAACGCUGAGGACAGUGUCCUCUGCCAGCGGCGAGGAAUGUGUGGUUAAUACCGACGGGAAGUGUCUCCCUCCUCUCGGCGGCGAGAACUAUUUGUCUUCUAUGCCAGCGGCUUGUAAUUUAUGGUUCGUCAGUGCUCAGAACCGUACGCCAGCGAUCAGCACCGCUGGUCUUCUCUGUCAGCUGUUAGUGAGCCCAGGGUCGGUUCUUUCAUUGCUCGGUACGGUCAUGUUUCCGUGAAGUCACCUCUUGGCGCGGUCUCUGUACUGCUACUUUAAUCCAUGAUCCAUUCCCGAACGGGGUGUUCGUAUGUCAAUCUCCUUACGUGUUCAGAGC